AAAAGAUUGUAAUUUAGGGGAGAGAGAACACAUAGAUACAUUAUGUGGGCUAAAGUUGAAUUAUCUAUUGUUUCUGCUAUCCUGCUGUUGUUUCCACUGUGUAGUACUCUGGGUGACCAACAGGGGGAGCUGGACUUGACUACAUGACCCUGGUGAGUCAUAGUCAACCAGUGCAGCAUAAAUACUCUUGGGUUGUUGCGUGUUUGUGUGCGUGUGUGGUUAAGAUAAACUGCUGGUAGGGACAGGAGGUACAACCCUCCCAGGCAGUGCCGGCGAGGACGGUGUUAUAAACAGAACAGGUCUUGUAGGGCCAGAGCUCGAACGAUUCUGCAUGUCAGCGCGCGGUCAGCCAGACAGGCCCGUGUGACGAGGGUGACAACAAGAGGGAGAGCGAGCGGGAUAUGGGUCCUGUGUGAACUGGCAGUAUUAGAUUAAUCUGCUGACAGGGAUAUCGCCUCUAAAGCCCCGCUCACUGCUCCUACAGGCAGAUGAAAUGGCAGGCCUCCACCAUGGGAUCAGACACACUGAGAUGUCGACACAGAAAGAAACAAGAUUACCACCUAUAUCAGUGCCAGGAAGACAAUCGUGUAAGUAUCAGCGGGACAGCGGCUCUAGCCAGGGUAAAACACGUUUGACAGCGGAGGAAAGAGGUGCAGCCAAACGCACAGCAUCUAUUACCAGAGUGAACUGGACAUCCAGUUACUUAUCCACCUGGCCCGCCCACAUCGCUUCCCAGUUGGUGCAGAGUGGGCGGACCCAUGGGGCAGGGGGCAAGAUCAGGAACCACGGAUGUGGUGAUGAGUUUGGUGGACAGGUGGCAAAGCCAAAGUUUCUCCAGCAGCUAGAGGGCUACUUGAGGAGGGAGCUGCAGGCCAUUGACCCUCAGGCACCCCAAGUACAGGAGCGAAAACUACAGGCCUACCGAGAAGUCUUUGACUGCUUCAUUGAGGACUUCAAAACAUACAAGCCUCUUCUCUCUGCCAUUAAGAAUGAAUACGAGGUUACAUUAGCGUACCUGCGGGACCAGGUGCGUGAGCUGCAGCCGCUGCGAGCCAGGCUGGUGAUGGUGUCCGAGGAGUGUGAGAGGAGGAUUAUGGGUCUGAGGGAGGAGGAGAGGUCGGAGAUCCGAGCUCUGAAACAGGAACGCCUCCGUCUGCAGAAGGUCAUGGAGAACAUGAAGGAGAAGCAUUGUGCCAUGCGGGCAGAGGUGAGCAGUCUUCAGGAUGAAUUGGCAGCCCAGUACCUGAUGUACCGCGAGGAGAGAGACGCCCGGAAGCUGCUCAUCACCAACCUCAGCAGCACGAGCUGUGGAGGGGAGGAGCAGGAGGCAGACGAGGAGCAGCAAAGUGAGUUGGAGAGUAAGGACCCUGUGCAGGUGGAGCUGUGUCUAAGGGUGUGCAGAGAGGACCUGACCAGAGCACAGGUGGAGCUCAACCGUCUGCAUGCAGAGUACGGAGACGUGGUCCCUCGGAGAGACUGGGAGUCGCUGGAACACACACACCAUGAGAGCCUGAUAAAAAUAGAGACUUUGCAAGCAGACUACGAGCAGAUGCGUCAUGAGUACGACACCCUGCUGGAGCUGCACAGGCAGAUGACCUCCGAUAGAGAUGGCUUGCAGAACGAGCUGGACCGUUUCAGAAAGAGCUCAACUCCCAGGCCGCUCUGGAACAAGUGUGCAGAGGCGGUUGGAGGGGCUGAGCGCUGGGCAGAGCUGAGUCACAACCAAUCAAGUCAGAGGAGGCUUGAGAUCCUUCUAGAACAACUAGUGGGAAACACAUCAGAGCCGAAAGAAUUCUUCACUGGACUGGGUGGGGGUGCUGAAGUGCCGGUGUACCUACGCUACGAAGGCAAUCUGAAGAACCUGCACCUGCAGAAGGCUGACGUUCACAGAGUCAUCAGGGAGGCAUGGAAGGAGAAGGUGACUGAGGAUGAGAAGAGUGACAAGAGCAGUGACCUGGGUGAGUUUCUGCACAGGCACCUGGAGAGACAGCAUAGGGAGCAAGCAGGAGAUUGGGCCUACAGUCUGAUGGAAUCCUUCCACCAGCACUCCAAUGAUGAUGUCAUCAACCUGUUCUACCUUAUUCUCACGGGGAAGGUGGAUGAGAGUGUAUACCAUGGGCAGACACAUCUGCUGUCUAACUUGUUGAAGGUGCUGAUUAAGACUGACACCUCCGGGAGCGGGUCACUAACCCUCCAGGAGUUCAGGGAGGCCCUGAGGAUGGCCUUUCCCCUGAAGACAGACCUGGAUGUAGAGGAGAUGUUGUCUGUCGCCCAGCAGGAACAGGACAGCAGCAGCAUUGGCACUAUCAACUACCAGAAGCUCUUAAUGGAGGACUCUGAUGGGAAGCACAGAGACUUCCUGACUCUGGUGAGGAGGCAGUCAGAAAGGGAGAAACAGCAGUACGUCAGCCAGCUGAAAUCACAGUUAGGGGGCAGAGAGGAGCUGACUGUGGCAGACCUCAGGUCAGCCUUCAGAAGCAUUGACCCCUCUCUGGACUCAACUACUCUGGACUGGAACCUGACCAUGGCUUUCCAGUGUACCCCUGAGCAGCUAGAGAAGCAGACAGCGCCAGUCGAAACAGAGCAGCUUCUUCAGCGCCUCUUGGUGGCUAACGUCACCAGGGCUGGUGUUCAGACACCACAGGACUGAUAUUUCCACAUUGGGCUUUACACACACAAACACACACACAAACGUGCACUAGACCCCACUGAUCAAAACACGGCAGUCUUAGAGAGUAGUUGUAGACAAGCUGGCAUAGUGCAUCUUCUUUGUAGUCUUCGGACAGCAUGUGUGGCAACCUGGGAUCCAGUUGUAUGUUUUUGCUGUAAUUUGGUGUCAGUAUAAAGCCUUACUUUAACAUUAAAAUCUUGCAUCGCCUGUAUCUUUCAAGUUGAAUUUGAUCAUUGAGAAUGAUGCUCAGGUUUCCUCUGCAGGGGCGCAGGUCCUGUUAUGCAUGAGUGAGUCAUGUCCCACUAGCUUUUAGAAAACGUUGUCGCCAUUACUUUUUAUUAAGAAAAUGAGCUGCAAUCCGCUGAUAUACAUGGGCUUUUUUUAAAAAAAAUUACGCUGUCUCAUCUACAUUCAAAAACAAACCCGACGCCCCUGGUCUCAUGGGUAGACUACUAAACUUGAAACAAAUUGUCUGUAGAAGUGUGGUGACAUCAAUGUCACUGGUCAAAAUAUUGGUUGUUGUCAAAAUAUCGGUUGUGGGCAAAUACCGCUAAUGUAAAAUCAGUUU